UAUCGCAGUAAUAAUCUUCUUGGCAUAAAAAUUUUCUUCUUUUUAAGAUAAAAUAGGGGACCUGCGAAGCGGUAGUUCAUCGAUGGCGCUGACCCUCAUCCACCUCGUUCUCCUGAAAUUGGUUCCUUUUCUGGAAGCUUCCGUCUGCGGCGAUCUUAGCUCAGUCUAACUGAUAUCGGGGAUUUUAGUGCGUGGCGGCGCCGAUUCGAUCCUGCGUCCUAAUUUCAUGGUGGUUGUUGGUUGUUUCUUGCGGAGAUUGGAAGUUUAUUAGAGGUCGUGUGGCAUCGGUUCUUGCUUGGAGAGAAAGAUGAUGAAUGGAAAUAUUAAUGGGUUUGGGAAUACAGCAUUCAGCAGUUUGGAGUUAGAGUACAUAAGGAGGCACCAUAGACACGAACCCGGAGAGAAUCAGUGUAGUUCUGCCCUCGUUAAACAUAUCAAAGCGCCAGUCCCCCUGGUAUGGUCUUUGGUGAGGAGAUUUGACCAACCACAAAAGUACAAGCCUUUCGUGAGCAGAUGUGUUGUUAAGGGUAACCUUGAGAUUGGGAGUCUAAGAGAAGUUGAUGUUAAGUCAGGGCUUCCUGCUACUACAAGUACUGAAAGAUUGGAGCUUCUUGAUGACAAUGAACAUGUACUUAGCAUCAGGAUUAUUGGUGGCGAUCAUAGGCUUAGGAACUACUCGUCUAUUAUGUCUCUCCACCCAGAAAUUAUCGAGGGAAGGCCGGGCGCACUUGUAAUUGAAUCUUUUGUGGUGGAUGUACCUGAGGGCAACACUAAGGACGAGACCUGCUACUUUGUUGAAGCCCUAAUAAAAUGCAAUCUCAAAUCACUGGCUGAUGUCUCGGAAGGGCUGGCUGUGCAGGAUCGGACCGAACCUAUUGCUUCGAUGUAGAAUUAUGAUAAGCAAUGUCGGAACAUGGCUGCCAUGGAUGAAGCUUCAGGGGCUUUCCAAGCAGGGAGGGCUUAGGAGACAGACUGGCAAUGAUUCUACUUCCAUCUAUCAGAGUAGCAAUGUUGUUACUUUGGUUUGCUAUUUCAAAACUUCUUCAUUAUAUGUUCUGGUCUAUGUCUUAGCUAAUCAGCAUAAUCAGAGUUUGUCUGAAUCCAGUGCAGUGUAAGGAGAAACACCAGGAGCUUUUCCAUGGCCUUGGGCUUUUGUAUAUUAGUACUGGGAGUAUAGUUGUUUCCAUUGGUGGAGUCAUUGUUUCAAGUUGCAGUAAAAUUAACAUUUGGUGCUUGAGGAUUCUUCUAAUAAACAGAUACCGAAAGCGUUAGCUCCUUUUCCAGUGGUGAUCAGA